AGCGACGCUGCCGCCAGCACCGGUGAGAAAAGCAUCUGUCGCUCGCCGGGUUUGCCGUGGUUUGUCUGAAGGAGGAUUAUAAACUUUUCAUGGGAAAUUCUGCGCGGUGCAUUCAGUGAGAUGGCAUCGGACAGCGAGGUAAAAACUCUACUGAACUUCGUUAACCUGGCUUCGAGCGACAUCAAAGCGGCUCUGGAUAAAUCGGCUCCUUGUCGCCGAUCAGUUGACCACAGAAAAUAUUUGCAGAAGCAGCUCAAGCGGUUUUCUCAGAAGUACUCACGGAUCCCAAGGUGUCACCCCAGCAAAGCCCCUGAGUGCGGCUGGCGCAGGGGGGCAGAGGACCGGGCCCGCGGCCCCCUGACCGAGGCACCUGAGCCCAGCCCAUACGGCGGGGCUGCCGCCGACAAGGUGAUGCAGACAGCCGAGGCAGAGGAGAGCAUCACCGGGGAACGGGUUUUGCAGGAGCAAAAACCCGAGGCUGCCCGACCCGACCAGGUGCCCAUGAGGAAGCGACAGCUCCCCGCCUCCUUCUGGGAAGAGCCACGGCCGGCCCAGAGCCUGACGGCCAGAGCCUUUGCUGCCAGCCCUGAGGGGCUGCAAGCCCCCAGAGACCCUCCUCCCUAUGAGGGGAAGAAAAGCAAACGGACCCCAGACGCUGUUGGCCCGGAGAGCCCCCCUGACACUGCGCCACAUGCCGGGGACAAGGAGCCCGCCGGGGCCCUCUCGGGCCGAGUGGGUGCUUGGACCUGCUGCCCCUUCCCCUGCCCCGGGCCAGGCGUGUACCAGCCCCCGGGCGCGCUGCCCCCGUCGCCCUUCCCGGGGCUGGGGCUGUGGAGGAAGAGCGCGGCCACGUUGCCGGCGGAGGUGCCGCCUUUCUGCAAGGAGGCCGAUGGGCCGGGGCAGAAACUCUACAGGCCCACGGUUCUGAAACCCAUUCCCACCAAGCCCGCCAUCCCCCCUCCCAUCUUCAAUGUUUUUGGCUACCUUUAGCGGGGCGGGAGUCAGAGUCAUGCCGAACACGACAGCUCCCGAGGGGGGUUCGGAACGCCCGGCCAGCCUCCAGGCAUGAGCUGCUGGCAGCGCCGAGCCGCAGGGGAAGGAGGCCGGCCAUCGCACCCUGUGCCUCGUGGGCGGGCCGCAGGGAAUUAGGAACUGCCGGGAAGGUACUUGGGCUGCACUCUCCUCUCCGUACACGGGGGUGAAUCGGGAAUAAACCUUGCUAAGCCGGUGGCACGGAGCAUGACCAGGUCUCUUUCAUGGAUGGGCAUUGUCUGAGCCGCGGCGAGCGGGGCUGCGGGCCAUUCCUAGCCGCGUUUGUAACACCUAGGAGACCUCCUCCACGUGGGAACAUCUUCUCUCGGUCUGCCCUGCGGCAGCAGCAGUGAAAUGGAAUGAAUUAAAUGCAUUCAAAGAGUUUUUGUAUUUUAAAGUAAUUCCAGAGAAGUCAAGAUAUUCAGGUCAUAUCGUUUUGCAUGCAAGAGACUGGAAGGGUGGAAUUUGAUAUAAAACCACUUGUGAUUGAUUCAAGCUCUUGUUGUAUGUAAAUACUGACAGAAUUAAAAGAAAAAAAUAAGGGAAGAAAGAAGGUAAUUUUAUUUUGGUGAUUCUGCAAAUGCCAAAUCUUAGUACCCCACUGGGUAGACACGGGUUUGAUUUGCAACUGGUGGGGAGAUAUGAGGGCUGAAAUUUCUGCCUGUUCAGAUUUAUACAAAUCAGAAGUAAUUUUCCCAUAAGUAAGUCUUAGCUAAUUACUAAGUAAUUAGCUAGUGCUAAGCUGGUGAAAUGAAAGCGGGAUGAAUUUCCACAUCAGGAAUUGCUCUGCAUCAACAGAAUAAAUGAGGAAUUUUAUUAGUUUAACACAAAACCAUUAGGUGUGAUGGAAGAAAAAAGUAAAGAAUAGACUGCCUUAAUUUCUGGCUGAGAGAUAUCUUUUUUUCCCCCUGAUUUUAAGAUGUUUUCCCAAGACCUGGCUGUAAAUG